GUUAUGAUAGUAAAUGUCCGUGUCCUCCUGGGGCUGCAGGUGUCCCCGGGGGGCAGCCCCGUGCACAUGGUGCGGCGCCUGGCGAGCCUGGCAGCCCCGCCAAGGUCACAGCGGUCGUGCAGCGGGCGGCAGGCACGUCCUCCGCCUCCCCCGGCACCGGCAGUCUCCCUCAGCUGGCCGCCUUGCUUGUACCUCUCUUCCUGCUGCCCCGCCUCCAAGAUGUCCAAGUACCAGAUUGUUAUGGUGCGUCACGGCGAGAGCGAAUGGAACAAGCUCAACAAGUUCUGCGGCUGGCACGACGCUGAACUCUCCGAGCAGGGUGUCAAGGAGGCUCAUGCUGCAGGGAAGGCUCUAAAGGAAGCCAAUUACAAGUUUGACCUUGCCCACACCUCUGUCUUGACCCGUGCCAACAAGACCCUUGAUGCCAUCCUUGAGGAAAUUGGUCAGAAGGAUAUCCCCAUCCAGAAGACCUGGCGCCUCAAUGAGCGUCACUACGGUGGCCUGACUGGGCUCAACAAGGCUGAGACUGCCCAGAAACACGGUGAAGAGCAGGUGAAGAUCUGGCGCCGCAGUUUUGACAUUCCUCCUCCACCAAUGGACGAAUCAAACCCUCACUACAAGGAGAUCUUGGAGGACCCACGAUAUGCUGAUGGCCCAAGCAAAGAGGAGUUCCCCAUGUUUGAGUCCUUGAAACUGACCAUUCAGCGCACUUUGCCCUACUGGAACGACGUCAUUGUGCCCGAUAUGAAGGCCGGGAAGAAGAUCCUCAUCGCUGCCCACGGAAACUCUCUCCGUGGCAUUGUUAAGCACCUCGACUCAAUGUCUGACGAAGCCAUCAUGGGCCUGAACCUUCCCACUGGCAUCCCAUUUGUAUAUGAGCUGGACGAAAACCUGAAGCCUGUGGUGUCCAUGAAGUUCCUUGGUGAUGAAGAGACAGUGCGUAAGGCCAUGGAGGCCGUGGCUGCCCAGGGCAAGGCUAAGUAAAUACUCAGCACUGUACAGUGAUGUGUCAGGUGGAGAACUGUCAUUCUUGUGAUUUGUUAUAGAAUGGGAAGAUUUUUUUUUCUUUGGUAUUUUCAUUUGAUCAGAAAAAUUAAUUGUCUAGUCAAAUUUUUCUUAUCAUGAAUGUGAAGCCUACUUGCUUAACUUUUAUUUAUGUAUGUCUGCCUCAUUGUCCAUAUUGUCAAGUUAUGUACCAGUGUAUGAAUGAGGCUUGGUAAAUUUAUUUAUUAAGCUUGAUUAUAAACUAUUUAACAUUUUUUGUCCUAAAAUAAAUUUAUGUAUAUGA